CGACAAAAUAAAAUGCUUAAAAUAUUUUAUUUGGCUAGAUAUAUGGAAAUUUUUACUUUAUUUGUUACAUUUUCAGAUGUUGAAUAUUUUCCUUUUGAUGAACAAACGUGUAUGGUUCGUGAUGAAUGGCGUUUUAUUUCGAUGGUUAUUGACCUUUUUCUGGCAAGAAAAUUUGUUUAUUCAUCAUUAGCAGAAGAACGUUUAAUUAAAGAUUUGUUUCGUGGUUACAAUCAUUUAAUUAGGCCUGUUGCCAAUUUAAGUAAUUCUCCGUUAGAAAUUCGUUUUUCGUUGGCUUUAAUUUUGUUAAUUAAUGUUGACGAGAAGAAUCAAAUAAUGCAAACAAAUGUUUGGCCGACAAUGAAAUGGAUUGAUUAUCAAAUGAAAUGGAAUCCUUCUGAUUAUGAAAAUAUUCGAACAAUUCGUGUUCCUCCAGAAAAAGUUUGGUUACCGGAUAUUGUUCUGUUAGUAAUAGAAAGUAAUGGAGAAAUGCUUUGGGUCCCUCCAGCAAUUUACAAAAGUUCUUGUAUAAUAGAUGUUGAAUUUUUUCCUUUUGAUGAACAAACUUGUGCAAUGAUAUUUGGAUCGUGGACUUUUAAUAAAAAUGAAGUAAUAAUUAGUUAUUUGGGGAAUAAAAGGCAAGUAGAAUUAAAUGAUUAUUCUGAAAGUGCUAUUUGGGAUUUAAUGGAAGUACCUGGACAAUUAAUUCAUCAAAAAAGUAAAAUAUCUUAUCAAAUAAAAAUUAGAAGAAAAACCCUCUUCUACACAGUAAUUCUAAUUAUUCCAACUGUUUUAAUGGCUUUUCUUUCAAUGCUUGUUUUCUACCUGCCUGCUGAAGCUAACGAAAAAAUAACUUUAGCUAUAAGUAUUUUACUUGCUUUAGUUGUAUUUUUACUUCUUGUAUCAAAAAUAUUACCUCCAACAUCUGACACUAUACCUUUAAUGGCCAAAUAUUUAUUAAUGAUUUUUGUUUUAAAUAUAAUAACAAUUAUUGUGACUGUAAUAAUUAUUAAUAUUUACUUCCGAGGGCCAACAACACACAAAAUGCCCCCUUGGGUUUAUUCAAUAUUUAUUUGUAAAUUACCCCUUCUUUUAAUGAUGAAUAGACCACAAAAUGUUUUUAAAGAUUUUAAUUCAAAAAAAUUUUCUUUAAAUUCUUCGACAACACAAACUAAACAAAAUUUUAAGCCUGGAAAGUUUAUUGAAAUGAAUAAAACUAAAAAAUAUUUUCAUCAUCCAAAUUGUUCAGAAUUUAUAGAACCAUUAAUUUAUUUACAAAAACAAGAAAAACAUAAACAAAAAUUACGUAAGAGGAGAAUGUCCCAACCUGUGGUCACUCCCGCCCCUUUCCCUUCCCAUCGAGAAUUGGGAACUGAGGAUAGUGAACUUCUAAAUGAACAAGUUUUAAAAGCAAUGGAUGCUGUUGAUUGUAUUACAGAACAUUUACGAAGAGAAAAUAUUAAUAAAAAAAUACGUGAAGAGUGGAGAUUUGUUGCUAUGGUAAUUGACCGUUUACUUCUCUAUAUUUUCUUCGGAGUAACUGUUGGUGGGACAAUUGGAAUUCUCUGUUCUGCUCCAAAUAUUUUCGAAAAUGUUAAUCAAACACAAGUUAUUACACAACUUAAACGUUCUGCUGAAGCUGAAAUGAAAUUUUAA